AUGUCUGUCUUACCUCCAAUAUCUCUACGCACAUUAUUGCUAUGUCUAGCAUGGUAUCUGGUGCUGUCAUUCACUUCCCAGAUCACAAAGGUUAUCUUGGACAAGUUUACUUAUCCAUUUUUCCUCUCACAGGCGCAAUUCUUCAUUGGAACCUUGCUAUCCUAUGCAUUUAUCACGUUAGUGCAACAGUACCCAGAUAUUCGAGACAGCUUCUCGCCAGGUGUUGUACCUAAGGAUGCCAACAAAAGCAUCUUCAAUAGAAAUGUCCUUUUCAAAGUCAUGCCAUUGGGAAUCAUGCAAUUCAUUGGUAAAUACUUCUCGCUCAGCGCCACGCUGAUUGUUCCGGUAGCAACCGUGGCGAGCGUCAAGUCACUCUCACCGUUAUUGAUUGUGGGGGGCUACCGUGUGUUCUACAGAGUUCGGUUCCCUGUAGUGACGUAUUUGCUGUUGACGCCGUUGCUCGCCGGCGUGAUCUUGAUGAUCAUGGUGGAUGCCGAGGUCAAACUGCCUGAUCUGACUAAUCCACUUUUCCUCCCGAAGCUUGACGAAGAGCAUGUUCGUGGUCUCACAUAUUGCAUUGUGAGCGCCAUAAUCAUGGCAUGCCAGCACAUCUAUGGUAAGGAAUUGCUCACUUGGAACAAGCAGGUCAUUAAUAAUCCUGCCUCACUUGUUUUGAAUACUGAUCCUUCCAGACCUCCAACACCAGGGCCAGGAAAGGGGACCAGCCCUCAUUUCGCACCUUCCACGAAUACUUCUACGCGAGGAUUACUGCCUCUCUCUAUUGCAAAACACUUCACUCAGCGGCGAGAUUCGGUCAGGUUGCCUUAUUCCGUACUGGACUUGCGUCUCGACGAGUUGCACAAGCAUCAACAUCCACAAUAUCAGCACCUGCCUCUGCCACAGCCUGUGGCAGUACCACAGUCGUUUCCGCUGCCCCACCUCCUGCCAUAUCCGCAGGCGACUCAACAAUACUUCAAGGAGGUGCAAGAGGCCAAAUCAGUCACUAAUCCGCUCGUUCAAUUUGCUCCCUCGCAUGGCACCACUAAGCCGGAAAAGUUCACGGUGAUCUUCUUUAUUUCUUUCAUUGGUUUUUGUUUCUCGUUCCUCGGCUUCUUGUUCAAAGAGGCUGGCGGUCUACUCGCCAGUAUUCAAGACCCUACCUUGUUUCAUGGCUCCAUUCGCGACAAGAAGGAUGUUUUCUUGGUUGCGCUUCUAAUUCUUAUGGACGCAUUGUCUCACUUUGUGCAAACAGUGCUUGCGUUCAUUCUCCUUGGCUCUAUUCCGGCGCUUUCCUAUUCCAUUGCCUCGAUGCUCAAACGUAUAGUUAUCAUUUUGGUGAGUAUUCUCUUAGUGGUGGACACAUCAGCCAGCUUAGAGGGAAACUCCGACAAGUGGUUUGGCCGCAUUUCAUCACAGCAGAUAAAAGGAUUGGGGUUGAUUGCCGUAGGGCUCUACUGUUACGAUAGGUGGGGAUCCCGAAGUUUGAAAGAGAAUCGAACAUGA